GCACGUGGUUCUUGAUGUGGUCCAGGUGCAGCGAGGGCGGCCGCCCGCCGCACACCAUGCACAGCAGCCGGCCCGCCUCCGCCUCGUACUCCAUCAGGAACUCCUGGCGGAACCAGGCGUGCAGCGAGGCGUUCAGGGUUAGUACUGCUCACCGGCAGCGACGGGAAAGCCCGAAAGCGCCGACUCGUCACCCCCUUCGGCCCCGGCGGGCUCGCCGGCUCUGGCUUCGGCGUACGACCCCUGACCUCCCCCGAGGCUCAGGUGGCUCUCCCAGCCGGAGCGGAUCACCUCCUUGUCGGCGGCGCUCCACAGCAGCGAGUCGGGGUGCUUCUGGCGGAUGUGGCGCUUGAUGGUGCUCAGCUUGAGGGUGGCCAGCGAGCUGCCGCACACCAUGCAGAUCAUGCCGUGCCGGAGCGGGUCGAAGUCCAUCAGGAGGUCGGUCCAACAUCCGGGUACUCGGCGCUCGUUGUCAAGGCAGCCGGUUGACUGCUGGCUAGCGGCGGGAGCUAACGGCGGAGUGAGUCCCGCCCGAUCGAGCUGUCCUCAUAACUACCCCGAAAAAGAAACCCACCCCCGCCACAAACAAACAAACAAAAAAAAGACUAAAGUUCCUCAAUGACAAGGACACACGACUCUUUGCGUGAUACUAACACGAGCGCAGGUCCACACAUCAGAACAAAACCUUCCGGGCGGAAGGAAUGAAGGAAUCUAUGGGACGGGACCUCCCGGGCCGGCAGUAGCAUGCCGACGGUCAAAAGCGAAGGUGGCUCGGCGUUCGAGUUGGAUGACGCCACCCCGGCGAGUUCCGCUUCUUCAGCGCUCUUGGCUAAAACCACCCGGACUGUCGGGACGAUGACCAACGGCGGCCGGACGCGAGUCUUCACGCGGAUCAAGGCCGAGCGCUCGUCGGCAACCGGGAACGCCCUCGCGCCCGAGUCCGAGGAAGAGCAGGUGGCCCGUCGCCGGGAGCAAUGGAGGCUCAAAAAGCGAGCGCAGCGGGCCAAGGUGGCGGCGAGGCUCGCCAAAACCAGAGAGAAAGUCACACCGGUGAUAACCGCGUCUGCCCAAUUUCUCCUUCGUGACGCCAACCGGCGAGGUGGCCAAACACCAAGGCAGACUUCGCACAAAUCCGCACAAAUGGCGAGUGAAUCGACAAGACGGACUCCGAAUUUUGUUCCUCCGUCCGACGUCUCUCGAUGCAGAACGCCUCGGCAGAGACUUUUGGAAGCUCAAAGACAUCUAAAAGUCAAAUCCCUGUGCACGCCCUUGGCGUUUAAUAUCAGAAGCGUCCCCCCGAUGGACACCAGGGACACUCCGGAGCAGAUCAUAGCCAAACAGAGGGAGUACUGGCGGGUUAAAAAGCGAGAGCAGCGGGCCAAGAUGUCGAUGGAGGCGAAGGCCCGGCUCAAGGAGAAGGACUCCCUGAUGCGCCGAGUCCGACGCUACCAGCACAUCCUGGAGGAGAUGAGGAGGGCCAGGGCGUCGGGGGGCGGCCCGGAGACCCUCGGGGGCUUCAUCGAAGAGGACGGGACGGUGUCUGCCGGCGCUCCCCGGAUGCGUUCCUUGAAUGGCAGCACGGGGAAAGAUGGACUCGGGGUUUCCGGUAGCAAAGUCCCCAUACGAGCGCCCACCCGAAGCACAAAGACCGAACCCGUCCAACCUUUUAGUCACCUCACCCUCACUCGUCCUCAGGGCCCACGCAAGUCCACUUUUCCCGACGUAGCCACCUGGGCCGGCCGGGCCGGCUGCGUCAUGAAAAUGCUCGUUUCGGAUAAAGCGUUGACCAAGGAAGACCGCGUGGCCAAGAAGCGCGAGUACUGGAGGGUGAUGAAGCGGCAACAGCGGGCAGCGCGCGCGGCCCAGCUGAGGCAAGGGUUCGCCGAGUCCAGACUCGCCGCGCCGGCCAGAAGGAGCAAAGACCUGAGAGCGGCUGCGGCGUACCGAGCGCCUCUCCUGAACCGGAUCGAGCCGACUAACGCCAUCAAACGGGAGCCUGACCUAAACCCCGCCCCUGAGCAGCCCCUCUGUCCAGACCUCAAACCUCUGGCGCCCAAGCCCGAACCCGACCCGGUUCCGGCCGCGGAUUGCCAGACGACCACUCUGCUGGCCGUGGCCUCCAUGAAGAAGCUCCUUGAGGAGUCUCUGAGCACGGUGAGCGACGCCAAAUUCCAAGAGCCCGACGUCGGAACGAAGGUAAAAGAGGAGCCCGACGGAACGGAGGCGGCCCCCGUCGCCCGAGCUCGAGACCCCGACGCGGCCCCGCGGCGACGUCCCGGCGCGGCGAGCAGCCUGCAAAAGAAGCGGGAGUACUGGAAGCUGAUGAAGAGGCAGCAGAGGGCCCGGCUGAAGGAGAGGCGCGGCGAGGGCGGCGGCGGCGAUGCCGGUGGCGGUGGGCGUCUUCAUCUGAGGGGCAACCAGACUCCGACUCUCGCCGCGCGCUCGAUAAAUGUUGCGAAGACUCCACUGAAGCUCCUUCCUAAGCCUUCCUUGUCUUCGGGGAGCAGCAUUCGCCCCGUCCGCGGGCCUUCGGGUAUUAAUGAAUGCGUGGACUUGGACCCGGACCUCCCUGCUCUGAAACCCCCUGACAACCCGUUUUCCAGCAUAAACCUGCACCCCAUCGAACCCCCCGCUCGACCUGUGCGCUCCGCUCCCUUGAAACGGUUCUGGGCGUCCCCGGCGCCGCUCAACGCCACGGGGCCUCCCAAGCGCCGCCCCGGGGAGUCUGAGGAGGACUUUCUGAAAAGGAAGCGCGAGUACUGGAGGAUCAAAAAGAAGGAGCAGAGAGCCAGGAAGGCUGUGGGCGAGAAGCGGAUCGCCCCGAGGAGAGGGUCCUGCAUGCCGCCCGUUCAGGAUCUUUGUCAGCGGUCGACGUGCGACCCUUUGAGUGAGGCGUCAGAACAUCUCAUCGGCAAUUCAGCGGACAGCGGGGCCUACUCUCACUACGCAGCACCACUACAAGAUGAGCUUCUGUUAGCCGAGGACGGGCGCCCCCGCGGCGACGAAGGCCCCGUGACCGAGGCCACGUGGAGGCACUCGUACCUCAUGGACUACGACCCCCUCAACCAGCUGCUGGUGUGCAUGGCGUGCGGCGAGCUGCAGCACUCGCACAGCCUGGAGGGCGCGGUGGCGCACAUCGACGAGGCCCACCCGCACACCCGCGCCCUGGAGCCUGCCGAGCGACGCCGCAUCCUGGAGGCCUGGGACGAGCAGGUGUCGCGACGCGAGCGCUUCUUCACCAGGCAGCUGCAGCAGCGCGGCGUGACUCUGGCAGAAACGUACAGGAACUGAGCUGCGGGAUAAGACCAAGAAAUUGAACCUUCUCUCCCAUAACGACGACGAUCCAUCGAGGAAUCGUUUGUUUUGAGGACGCCAUCGAUGAUCACGGCGCACUUGACUUGCCAACCUUUUGCGUCAACCUCUGCAGCGGAGCGAGCCGUUUGAGCUUCUCAAAGUGAACUUGUGACUUGUUUACUGGUUAAAAAGGAACAUUUUCACAUGCCCCUUUUUCCACAAUUAAAUCUUGUUUACCUUUGGGAUCAUUUGGUCUU